ACCCCCCUCAGUAUUUCCAAACUGACGACACGAGUGAAAGGAGGCUGUUGCAGGGACCCGAUCCCCUUUCCCAGCUAGGAGAACCUGGGUACCCGAACCACUGCCAUUCCUGCACAUCGAUCGUGCCUUAGAACGGUCUCUCGCCUUAGCAAAACGAGUUACGCUAACAAUGUUCAUUUGCGGCAAAGGGGUUUUUGUUUAACCUUUGACUCAGGGUGAAAAAAAGGAGAAGGGCCUAGAAAAGAGGGCAGGAAGGUGAGAGGAAGAAAGUGGGGGCUAAGGCAGCGAAAGGAGGAAGGACGGGAGUAGGGGGAGGGGAGCAAAAGCCAGAAGGAGGUGAAGGCACGGGGGGCACAGAUGAGAAUGAAGUCCCGGACCGGAGGGCAGGCAAGCCAGGGAUGAUGUUAGAAGCGCGGAGGAAGAGGCGACGGCAGCGCUCGGGAGGGGGUGGGGGGGGGUGCGGGGGGCGCCCGCAGCGGUUUCCGCGGCUGGGGUUGGGGUCGCGGCGGCGAGGGCGGCUCGCGCGCCGGGCUCACCUCGGCUGGCGCGGACGGCGGGCGGUGGAGCGCGGGGGCGAGUGGGGCCGGGGGCCGGCGGCCCGGGGCGCGGUGCUGCGCGGCGGCGGCGGCGGCGGCGGCGGGUGUCCCCGGCCGAGGGGUCGCGGUCAUGGACGCGGCGGCGGCUGAGGCGCGGCGCGAGCGGGCGCGCGGGCACCCUAUAACCCUCGCGGCUGCCUGCGGACAGAGGGACGGCGGGGACUCAGGGGCCGGACCUGUCACCGGGGCGGGUCCGGGGAGGCGGGCGGAUGCCCCGCGCCCCCGCCUCCUCCUCGGGGCCUACCGCGCCCUCGUCCCUCAUGCCGCCGCCGCCGCCUCCUCCCCGGACCGCACGACGACGACACCCCUUCCCCGCCCCCCCCCCCCGCGCCGUUCCGGGCCCGGCGCCGCCGCAGCCCCGGGCCUGCGCCCGCCGAGCCGGAGGUUACCUCGGGCGGGCCGGGCCCCGGCCCGGGCUGCGGGAGCCAGAGGAGCCGGAAGAAUGCAUGGCCGGCGGCGGGGCCGGCGGAAGGAGGCGGCGGCGGGGCCCGGCCCCGCUCCGGCUGCGGCGCGGCCCGCGCCCGGUCCCCGCGGCGCUGAGACUCGCUCCCCGGGGCCCGGCCGCGUUCGCCGGGGUGGCGGGGAGGGGCGGCGGGGAGGAAGCGGCGGGAGCCGAGACUUCGGCGGAGCCGCCCCCAGAGCGCCCUCUAAUGAAGGCUCGGCAGCCGCCGCCCGCGUCCCCGAUCCCGCUGGUCCUCGGGUCCCGGCCCUUGGGGCUGCCUGGUCCCUAGGCCGGCGGGACCUCGCCGAGCCCCGUUCCCAGGAGGAGGGCGGCUGAGAACGGUCUGAAUCUAGCACCAAGUCUGGCUCGAAAAUGUUUGCAUGAAAGAAUGAACGGACGAAAUGAUGACUCUCACGCCCUGGGAUGGUGAAAGCCCACAGAUCCAUGAUGCCCUCCUCAUGGCUCAUCUCACUGUUAACUUCUCUUUUCCUCUGGGGCCCCCAAAACAGACCUCCUGGAGUGCUAUGGGCAGGCCAGCAGAGCCCUGACUGCAGCCCAGAGAGGAAAAUGACUUGCCCAGUCAGUAAGUGGCAAAGUGUCCUUCAGCCGGUGCCCUCGUUCCUGCCCUCUGGGAGGCCCUGCCCUGAUAAACAGCUAUGGAAUGUCGACACACAUGUGAAUGUGCUUGCAGCUGAAGCUCUUGAACAUUCAAAUGCCUUCCCUGCUGGAUAAUCUCUGAAAGAAGUUGGACAAAGGAGAGGGGAAUGGACCCAGGGAGCUUAAGAAAUGUUUUUGUAAACCUGUAUCCGGCCACACUAAAUAUGUAUGCAAUGUAGGUGGGCCUUGCACUCCGGGGGGUUUCCAUUCAUGUGUUAGGAUUUCAGUGAUAAGAAAAUAUAUUUUUAAGUUCUUUUUCCAUGCCUGUGAUGUAUCUUGGAAAGUUAGCAGCUGGGGAGAUUUUUUUUUCCUACUGCGUCCUAUUUAAAAAAAAAAAAUUAAAACAAACCUUUUGAUUUUUUAAAGUAAUUAUGCAUACCAUUUAGAAAAAGCUACCUUAUUAAUAUUUUGAUAGACUUCCCAGACUCUUACUUACACACCUAUAUAUGAAAAGAUACAGCUUUAAGAAUAUGAGAUCAUACCAUACUGUUUCAUAACCUGACUUUUUUUUAUGCAAGAAUCUAUAGUGAACCUAUGUCCAUGGACAUCAAAAGAUGUACAUCAUCAUCAUCAAUCUUAAUAGUUACAUAGUAUUCUAUUUUAUGGAGUUAGUGUAAUUUGAUCAAUUCCUAUUGACAAAAUUUUAUAUUGUUUCCAAUUUUUGUCUUACUAAACCACGUUUGAUGUUCUUUUAUAAUAUCUUUGCUCUCUUGUCUCUAUCUUAGGGAAACUUCUUAGAAGAAGUAUAUUUUUUACAUGGAUAGGAGAGACAUUCUCCUUUCUAGAAAAGUUGUAUUGAUGUAUAUCAAUACAUUAAUUGGCAGGGGCCAAUGCAUUGGCAGGGGACUCCCAACAGCAAUUGUGUCAAAGUCUUUUAAAAAUAAUUUUAAGGAUGCCUGGGUGGCUCAGCCAGUUAAGCGUCUGACUUCUGCUCAGAUCAUGAUCUCACGGUUUGUGGCUUUGAGUC